AGCCGUUCUGCAUCACGUGACGUUCUUCCGGGCAGUCCGAGGCCUCGCGCGGCAGUUCUUGGUCCCGCGGUGUUUCUGUGGUGUUGUGUGAGGUGCAGAGUCUCCGAUGUGGAUAACUACAUGGCGGUAAAGCGGAACACAGCGAGCAUUUAAAAAUUGUGAGUGCUUUGCCAGAAAGUCUCCACGGGCUUCUUGAUCCUGGUUGGUGUAAUAAAAGUACAGCCUCAUAGUGAGGCAAAGGUCUGAUGAUGGAGAAUGGACAGGGAACAGGGGCAAAGCUUGGAUUGCCACCUCUUACUCCAGAGCAGCAGGAGGCGCUACAGAAGGCUAAGAAGUAUGCCAUGGAACAGAGCAUAAAGAGUGUUUUAGUAAAACAGACCAUUGCCCACCAGCAGCAGCAGCUCACAAACUUGCAGAUGGCAGCAGUGACAAUGGGCUUUGGAGAUCCUCUCUCAUCUUUACAAUCGGUGGCAGCACAGAGACAGCGAGCUCUAGCCAUCAUGUGCCGCGUAUAUGUGGGUUCCAUUUAUUACGAGCUGGGGGAAGACACCAUCCGGCAGGCCUUUGCCCCCUUUGGUCCCAUAAAGAGCAUCGAUAUGUCUUGGGACUCAGUCACCAUGAAACACAAGGGCUUUGCUUUUGUUGAGUAUGAGAUUCCUGAAGCAGCUCAGCUGGCCUUGGAGCAGAUGAACUCAGUCAUGCUGGGUGGAAGAAACAUUAAGGUGGGGCGGCCAAGUAACAUUGGACAGGCGCAGCCCAUCAUUGAACAACUGGCAGAGGAGGCACGUGCCUACAACCGAAUCUAUGUAGCUUCAAUCCACCCUGAUCUAUCAGAUGAUGACAUCAAGAGCGUCUUUGAGGCCUUCGGAAAGAUUAAAAGUUGUAUGCUGGCACGGGAACCCACCACAGGAAAGCACAAGGGCUUCGGAUUUAUUGAAUAUGAAAAGCCUCAGUCAGCGCUGGAUGCCGUCUCAUCUAUGAACCUGUUUGACCUUGGAGGUCAGUACCUACGAGUGGGGAAGGCUGUUACCCCUCCCAUGCCUCUGUUGAUGCCUACAACUCCUGGAGGGCUGCCCGCUGCUGCAGCUGUGGCUGCAGCGGCGGCAACCGCCAAGAUCACUGCCCAGGAGGCUGUUGCUGGAGCGACAGUCCUGGGAUCCCUAGCCUCACCAGCACACAUUCUCAGUCAGCAGAUGGGGCUCCAACAGGCCGUAUUAGCUGCCCAAGCCCCCGGCAUCAUCACAGGUGUGACGCCUGCUCGACCUACUCUCCCUGUAGUCCCCCAAGUUGGUUUGGUUAACCCAGUACUAGCAUCCCCGCCAGUCUCAACACCUGUUACUAUGGGAACACCAACAUCUGCAACGCAAACACAUAGAGAAUUGAAGAGAGAGGAAGACAAUAGAAGGACUGAAGAAGAUCAGGGUCGGCCAGUCGGAAAUGGGCAGGACAGUGAACUGGAGCAGCUAAGUGUCAGUGGAAGUGGAGGAAAACAAACAGUUAUGCAGUCAAAGUCAACUGUUAUGGUGCUACGCAACAUGGUGGGCCCAGAGGACAUUGACGAUGACCUGGAAGGGGAAGUGAUGGAGGAAUGUGGGAAGUAUGGUGCUGUUAAUCGGGUAAUCAUUUACCAGGAGCGACAAGGUGAGGAGGACGAUUCUGAGAUCAUAGUGAAGAUUUUUGUGGAGUUCUCCGAUGCAGAGGAAAUGAACAAGGCUAUCCAGGCCCUCAACAACCGCUGGUUUGCAGGUCGCAAGGUUGUUGCCGAGUUGUACGAUCAAGAGCGUUUUAAUAGCAGUGACCUCUCCGCGUAAGACUGUCCCAAAAUGGCAACUGGCCCCGUCUCUUGGCACUCAAACUCACUCGGCUUCCAUCACUGCUGUUAGAAAAUGUGGGCCUCUUUGAAACUUGUAAUUAUUUUUUUAUUGAUGUUGAUAGCAAUGAUAUUAUUGGAAAAAUCCCAAUGGAGGGAUUUAGCGUAGGACAAAAAAUAUCCUCCUCAUGCAUUUACUUUGUGUCACCUACUGUGAAAGACUUUUUUUUUUUUUAACAGUCAUUAUUAUUUGCAGGUUUUUGUUUUGCUAAUUUUUAAGGAAAGAUGCAGGUUUCUCCCAUUCCCACCCAUACUUUUUUACAAAUGGCAACUUUUUCUCCUCUGAUAUUGUCUUCAGAUUCUAAACAUUGUGUUGGUGAUAUUGGUUCUGGCUUUACCAAACAAUAAAUUUCUCUAAUAUGCUA